AUGCCGCAUCCACUUCAAUUUAAAAUACAUCCAAGUACCGGAGAAGACGACGACAACCAUCCCUUAUCUGUAAAACAAGAUACUAAUGUCUCUACACGUUCUAUUCCACGUUCACUUUCUCCACCCAUACAUUCCCCACCCGCCCAAUCCUCGACUUCCUUUCUAACUACUCUCCAAUCGUUCGUUCCGCGGAAUAAGACCUUUCUCCGUAUUUUUACUGGAUUUCACAUUACCCUAGCUCUUCUUUUAUACACACUUAUCUUUGUCGAUGCGACGUUAAUACAUCAUCAGAGAGAAUCAAAGGCAUUAGAGGCCAUUCUUCAAAUUAUUAAUGUAUUUGUCGUGUUGUGUACCCUUGUCAACCACCCAAAAAGAGCGCUGAAUUGGGAGAAUGUCAGCAAAGCGUAUGAAUGGUAUGUAUACGAUGGAGAGAGGGCUUUCGUAUGUUCUCCCGCGCGAUUGACUGGUAUUUUGACGUUAUGGAAUCUUGGGAGUCUCGCUCAAUAUGGAUUAUCAGGCAUUUUGUGGUUUGUUCAUCAUAAUAACCGUCCGCUUGGAGUAUAUCUUGCGUUCAAUGUUAUAGCUCUCGUUUGCUUGGUUGCGCCCAUUCCACUUGUUGUGUUUCAAGCCAAGAGAGCAAAAUCAGCUCGUCAUCUUGCUGUAUUAGAUGCAAAGAGCAGGCUCAUGGCGGGUCACAGAGACAUGAGAUCCAUGGAAAUGGCUGACGUAGAGUUGUGA